UCCUCCGCUCUCUUCUUCACCCGUUAGGAAAGAAAGAGAAGAGAAGAGGGAGCGUUACUUGUUGGAUCGAGAGAGAGAGAGAGAGAGAAGAGACUGAAAAUGACGAAGCGGAAUCUCCGAUCGAAGCCUUCUACAGUCGGUGAAGACGCGGAGCUUCUCUUCCAGAAGAAGAUUCGAGAUCUGGAGUCCCUCAACGAAUCUCUCAAGCUUGACGUGGAAGAGCUGAAGUCGAAACUAGCUGGUGUUUCAGUUACUUCUUCUUCUGGUGGUACCUUGCAGUCAAGUAGAGCUUCUAACAAGUCUAUUGCUACAAAAGAGGAGGGUAUGAGCUCAAGGAGUAAGUCGAAUCCACGUUCUAUGUGCUCAACAAAGAAGCAGCAUGGAACUGAGAGUUGUGUAAAGCAGGUCGAUGGUGAAGUCCAGAAACUCAAGGCGCAAAAGGUUAAGUUGCAGUGCAAGAUCAAGCUUGACUCUAUGCAGUUCAGACUAUCUAAAGCUUCCCUCGAGAAGGAAACUCUUCAGCUCAAGAAGGAGCUAAGGAAGAGCGAGUUCGAGAAACAUGUACUCUCAGCUUUGAACAGGCGCCAGAAGCAGAUUUUGCAGCUGAAGAAUACACAGGCUUUGACAGCCCUGAAGCGUUUAAAAUUGCUUCUGCAACCGAAAAAGACCUUUUCCAAGAAAAAUAAUGGUCUACCAAAAGGAACGAGCUCUACCAUUCAGGCCGGGGUACCCACUGAGUCUAGCAAUGAAGUUGUGCUGCUAGUGAAGUUGAACAAGAUUCACUCUGGUUACGAACGGCAAAUGAAAGAAAUAGCUGAAGAGGUAAAAAAGUUCAGCCUAGAGGCAAGUGUGUUGAAGGCAGAGUUCGAGGGAGAGCAAAACUCAUUCUCUCCGUCAUGUGACAAUGGAGUCAACCAGACCCCUAUAGACUCGGAACUAAAGGAGCUUAAAGAGGAAUUUAGCAAACUAAGUACUCUAGUCAGCCAGAUGGAAAUGGCCAAACCUCAAUUCAGUCAAACAGAUAGAGUUCAGACCGGACCAGUUGAAUACUCUGUUCCCAGUAAGGAUAAAGAUGAAUCAAACUUAAUACUCUCUCAGGAGAGAACUUCAGUCUAUGGUACCAGUGAUGAAUCAAGAAGCAUAGAGCCAUCUCAAGUGAAAGAGUCUGGGGAAGCGCUCUCGUCUGAGGAAGCGCAUAGCAAAAAAGAGCAGAGCAAAGCUGAGAUGUGUUGCUCUUGCACCAAAAAAUCUCUGUGCAAGACGAAAAGCUGCAAAUGCAGAGCAAAUGGAAGUGGGUGCGGUAUCUCUUGUGGCUGCAUAGCCUCCAAAUGUAGCAACAGAGGAGAAAAUGUAAGAUCUGACAAAGGAAUGCAAGCAGUUGUAGAUGGUAAGAAGCCCGUUGACGACACCAAAGUUGCAAACAAACAACCAUUGCGUGAUAUAGGGAAUAUACAAGAAGCUGGGAAAGUUGGUAAGCUGAAAAAAGUGCAGAAGCCAGUUGCUAAGAAGAAAUGAAAAUAACUGAUAAAGAUAAAGCUUCAAGACUCCAGAGAUGUGAGAGUUAGACAAAGUUAAGAUUGCCAGAAGCUUGAUUGGUUUUGUUUUGUUUUACUGUCUAUUUUUUCUUCAGAACUAUCAUAUAGUAGUUCUACAUUUGGAUCUUGAUCUCCAUUGGUUAAUAGUUGGCAACAUUAAGAAAAAAAUCACCAAAAUAUAGUUUAAACUUAUUAUCCA